AUUCGACCGUUGCCCACCGCCACGUCUGUGCUCACCGUAGUGUUGGUUGCUUGCCACCUGAAGAUUCGGAUGGUCUGUUUCUGUGUGAGGGGGUAUUCAAGAUUUCAAAUGCUAUGAUUCCUGGUGCGAUUUGCUUUUGUGGAUUGCUAUUUCUUACUUUCACCAAAGUCAAACCACUUAACAUUUAUUGCCUAUGACGGAGAUAGCCUCAAUCCGUAAUACCGAAGAUGGCCUCAAUUCGGUGGAGGUAGGAUCCCUCGGGCGAUGGCCUCAAACCCAAGAUCGCAGACCCUCGUGCGCACGUCUUAACCUCACUGACCAGGCCCUGCAGCCGCCCGAGGGAUGGCCAGCUGAAGCCGGUUUGACCAUCAUCCCAGGAUGGUUGGUUGUCAUUGUUGAGGUUGAUGAUGUUGAUAGCUUUGUCAUGAAUGAGGUGCAGUCUCUUCCAGCUCUCUACUGUUAUGAUGAAAAGAAGAGGAGAGAGGGGGUCUCCUUGUCUGAGACCUCUUUUGGGCUGGAAGGAUUUGCUAGGGUAGCCAUUAAUCAGAAUAGAGUGGGUAGUAGACUUGAGGUUAUUAAGGAUAGAGUUAGUGAAAACUCUAUCCAACCUUUUCAAAAUUCUCCCCAGGGAUCUAGUGCCAGUCCAAGUAUAAAGGUUUCCAGUAAAGGGGGAGGAAUAAAGCCCAUUGUCCAUGAUACAGUUAUCAAAGUCCUGGAUACUGUUGAGGCAAGGGGUGCUCCUACCUUUAUGAUGUUCUAUGGAGGAUAUGGCAUUAAAGUCUCCCCCAAUUAUCCAGAUAGCAUGGUUGUUUUUAUUGCAGUUGGUGAUUGCUUCCCAGAGAUCUUUUCUUUCCUCUCUGGUCAGGUGUUCUUCCUUCCACAUGAUCCAAAUUCUGUUGCUGGAGCUGUGGAUGGAUUUGGAGAAACCCAGAUCAAAAAGAAGUUUGGAGAGGGGCAUUUUGUUCCUGGUUUAUGGUUGGAGAAGAGGGACUUUCUGGACCUUCAGAUGUUUGAGAUAUCCAGCAUGAUUGCUUGUAAGAGUUCACUUUCUGAAGGUGAGGUUGUGAGGGAUCUGGUAUGGUUGGUUUCUGUUGGGGUUGGUUCAGCUGUGGUGUUAGUUGGGGUGUGGGAUUCAGGGGUUUUCUGGUUGUGUGUGGGUUCUGGGUUAGGGGUUUCCUGGUUGUGUGUGGGGGUGGCAUUUUGUGUGGGCAUAAAGGUUGUGUUGACAGGGCUGGCUCACAAAAUCAAAAGGCUCAAGGCUAUACUUAAAGAAUGGAACAAAGAUGUUUUUGGUAGGGUGGAGAAUACUAUUAAAGAGGCAGAACUCAAAGCAACUUCAGCACAAGAAAGGUUUGAGAUUGAUCCCUCAGAUGCCAAUAGGACUGAGGCUAAUAAAGCUAAAGCUGAACUUAUUUUGGCUACUGAAAAUGAGAUCAACCUCUGGAAGCAAAAGGCUAAUAUCAACUGGAUGGAAGGAGGUGACAGUAAUUCCAAGUUUUUUCAUUCAUUUGUUAAAGGCAGGAGAAUUAAAUCCACAAUCAGAACCAUUGAUAAUAAUAAGGGGGAUCCUAUCAACAAAUCAGAGGAAAUCCAAAAAUUAGCAGUUGAUCAUUUCUCCCAGCUUUUCUGUAGUAAGAAGAUUAUCAAUCUUAACCCUAUCAAGGAGUACUUGGAAGUAAGAGUUACAGAGGCUGACAACCUGGAGUUGACUAAAGUACCUACUGGAGAGGAGAUUAAGGAAGUGGUUGCAUUAUAUGGAUGUACGCACUCUAUAAAUAAGUCGAUAUCGAUGGAGAGCUUCCACCAGCUGCUGGGUGGCGGUGGCGGUGGAUACGAGCAUCUGGACUCCUGCGGCGGCGGCUGUGGCUGGGACGCCAAUCUUCCACCUGGAUUCCGCUUCCACCCCACCGAUGAAGAGCUCAUCACCUACUACCUUCUCAAGAAGGUAGUCGACAGCUCCUUCGCCGCUCGUGCCAUUGCGGAAGUCGACCUCAACAAAUGCGAGCCGUGGGAGCUUCCUGAGAAAGCGAUGAUGGGAGAGAAAGAGUGGUACUUCUUCAGUCUGCGCGACCGCAAGUACCCGACGGGGCUGAGGACAAACCGGGCGACUGAGGCCGGAUACUGGAAGGCUACGGGAAAAGACCGAGAGAUUUACAGCUCCAAAACCUGCGCUCUGGUGGGGAUGAAGAAAACCCUGGUUUUCUACCGGGGUAGGGCUCCCAAGGGUGAAAAGACUAACUGGGUCAUGCACGAGUACCGUCUUGACGGGAAGUUUGCCUACCAUUACUUCUCUAGAGCAUCUAAGGACGAGUGGGUUAUAUCGAGGGUAUUUCAGAAGAGUGGCGCCGCCCCGGCGUCGGCGACGGCGGCGGGGAAGAGAAGACUAACGGCCGAUGUCAUCAACCUCUACCCGGAUGUGAGCUCGCCGUCCUCCGUCUCUCUGCCGCCGCUGGUUGACUCUUCAUCCUACAACAACCACAACACUGCCACGUCAGCUCCGACAGCCGAGAGCUGCUCCUACGACGAAGACGCUGUCGUCGCCAAGGAGCACGUGCCCUGUUUCUCCAAUUCCCUUGACCUCCCGGCUGCGCUGCCGCCGCUCGGGUCAAAAUUCACCUCCCUCCUUGACCUGCCGCUGGUCCCAUCGUCCUUGUCCCGCUUUGCAGCUAUUCCGAGGACCAACAACAACAACGGUGAAAUAAUCUCGCCGUCGGCAUUCCCCUGCUUGAGGUCCCUCCACGAGAAUUUGCAGCUCCCGUUCUUCAUCCCCGGUGCUCCGCCGCUUCACGGUGGUCUUGCCGACCAGAUGGGCGGCUACGCCAUCUGCCCCCCCGUAGCCGAACCCCAGAAGGUUGGCAACUCCGAACUCGACUGCAUGUGGACCUAUUGAUUUCAGCUCUAGCUCGAUCAUUGUGAGUUGGAUCUUUAUGAUUUAAUUGGAACUCUGUUCCUAAACAAAGUAGUCUGCUUGUAAGACGUGCCUCAGCCAAUUACAAGUAUGGUGAAAAGGUGUCCUGGUCCGGUUGUAGUAAUAUUGUUCGCCCAACACCAGAUCAAGAGCUGAGAGCCCGGCUCAUCAGUUGGAACUAUGUUCCUACCUAAAUAGUUGUCUUGUGGAAUAACGCCCAAGCGGAACGCAAGAUAAUGAAAUAUGGAUCUUGGCCCACUAGAGGUUUCACCGGAAAUCUCCGAAUCAAUAUCGAGGGUUAUUGAUUUGUUAAAAAUAGUGGGGGAUAAUUAAUUAAAGGCCUAUAUAAUUAUUAAACAUGAUAGAUAACCUAGUUUGCAAAAUUUUCUGUAGAUGGCAAACAACAACAACCCUUUCAACCUGCGUUACAUCCUGGAAAACAAUAAGUUAUCCGGGACCAACUUUCUUGACUGGGAGAUGAACCUCCGGAUCGUUUUUGACUGUGAGAGGAAACUCUACAUCCUCGAAACGGAUCCUCCCAAGACCCCUGAUGCUGAUGCUCGUGCGUUCGAACUCACUUCCUUCAAGAAGUAUGAGGACGACGCGCGAGAUGUAAAGUGUAUCAUUAUGGCCAGUGUGACCGCGGAGCUCCAAAGGCUCCACGCGGACAUGGAAGUGCGUCCUAUGAUACAAUGCUUAAGAGACCUUUACCAGGGUCAGCCCCAAAACUCAGGAAUUUACGUUAUCGAAGUCAAUAUGUCUGAUAUCACCUCUUGGGUGAUGGAUACUGGAUGUGGUUCUCACAUCUGUACUUCUAUGCAGAACUUGCAUGAAUGUAGACAAUUGACGGAGGGAGAGAUACAACUAAAAGUCGGCAAUGGCGCACUCGUCUAUGCAUUGGCCGUCGGAACCUAUAGUUUAUCUCUACCU